CGCGUGUGAGAUCGUCACGAUUCGGGAGAACUCGUCCGAGUUCGUCAAAACUCUUCCCCCGCAACCCCCGCUCGCAACCCCCGACGAAGCUGCGCGUCCAGGCAUGCGCACAAACCGCUACAUUUCAAAUGGUAUCAGAGUGGCGACCCGCCCGCCCGUAUAACCGCGCCCUGUCUCAUCUAUCUCCGACUAUAUAACCAAAUAUAACUGUCGCAAAGGCCAAUAAAUGUCGAACGUCAUAGUGUAUUUACGAUUUGUGAACUUGGAGUGAUUACUGUGCUGUGCAGUGUACGAAUUAUGUGAUUGUGUCAGAACUUUUGAUGUGUUAAGUCAGGAGUUUCGUAAUGAAAAACCAGUAAAUGCCGCGAAGGGAACAUAACGAACGGCGAGAUGGACGAAUUAUAGCAGCGGGCAGACGCCAGCGAUACCUGGGAGGGUGGCGGUGGAAACGGAAAGAUGUUAGUAAUAGUGUUAGUCCAUUUCAUCACACUACCUGUGAUCACUUGGAGGCCAGUCAAAGGGGAGACGAUUAUGGAAGAUAAGACCCAACCGCUAAUCAGUUCAAGAGUCGUCAGAACUAAAUACGGUGAUAUAAGAGGAUUUAUAAUGACACCAGAAUCGAGGUUUCUAGAACCAGUGGAAGUGUUCCGCGGAGUACCAUAUGCAUCUCCUCCUGUGGGUUCGUUAAGAUUUAUGCCUCCGGUGUCAGGAGCGCAAUGGUCAGGUGUCAAAAUCGCAGAAGAAUUCAGUCCGGUUUGUCCACAAGUGCUGCCAGAUAUAAGAAAUGAAACGGCAGUCUUGAAGCGGAUAUCGAGAGGGAGGUUGGAAUAUUUAAAAAGGAUAUUACCAUUUUUAACGAAUCAAUCAGAAGAUUGUCUCUACCUUAACAUUUAUGCUCCCGCUCAAGCAGGUGUGCGUGACGCGGCUGCACGUUACCCCGUGUUGGUGUUCGUCCACGGCGAGAGCUACGAGUGGAGUUCUGGCAACGCGUACGACGGCGCCGUGCUUGCGGCACACGCCGGUCUACUCGUCGUCACCAUCAACUAUAGGCUGGGACUACUCGGCUUCCUGAACCCCCGUUCAGAUGAAUUCCCACGAUCACCAGCUAACUACGGGCUGAUGGACCAGAUCGCUGCUUUGCACUGGAUAAAGGAGAACGUCGGUGUGUUCGGUGGGGAUCCGACUAACGUGACGCUAAUGGGCCACGGCACUGGCGCAGCGUGUGUACAUUUCUUGCUUACGUCACUCGCCGUUCCUGAAGGUCUGCUGUUCCACAGAGCUAUUUUAAUGUCCGGCUCCGGCUUAAGUCCCUGGUCUCUAGUCGCCGACCCGCACAAAUAUGCAACGAUAGUCGCGAGACAUGCCAACUGUUCACCCGAUCUAACCCCGCCGGCGUUGCUGCGUUGCUUACGCGAGCGGCCGCUGGAGGCGCUGCUGUCGGCGCCCGUGCACGCACCGGACUUCUCCUACGCCUUCGGACCCAGCGUUGAUGGAGUUGUAAUUGACACAGGUGACCUUCUAAUGAAUCCAGAGAAUGCUUACGAGUGGGGUGGACAGAGUCCGCACUCCGGCAAGCAGACCGCUGUCAACAUCAUCAACGCCGUGCUCAUGCGCAAGAGCGCCAUCGCACAACUCACCAAGUAUGACUUGAUGCUGGGAGUGACAAAAGCGGAAGCAUACUUCGCGUUUAGCGGUGACGACGUGCAGUACGGCAUCGAGGCCGACAGACGCUCCAAGAUACUUAAAUCCUUCGUCAGGAAUACUUACAGUUACCAUCUGUCUGAAAUUCUAGCGACAAUUAUCAAUGAAUACACCGAUUGGGAGAAACCUGUACAGCAUCCUAUUAAUAUAAGGGACGAGACGCUGGAGGCGCUGAGCGACGCGCAGGUGGUGGCGCCGGCCGUGCUGACGGCCGACACGCACUCGGCGCUGCGCCGCAACUCCUACCUAUACGUCUUUGAUUAUCAGACUAAAUACGGAGAUUAUCCACAGCGUCAAGGUUGCAUCCACGGCGAGGAGUUGCCGUACAUGUUCGGCGCGCCGCUGGUGGGCGGGCUGGCGCACUUCACGCGGAACUACACCAAGGCUGAAGUAGCGCUUUCCGAGUCAGUUAUGCUGUAUUGGGGGAACUUCGCAAAGACUGGCAACCCAAAUGAGGCUCAAGAAAGUGAUCCAAUCAGAGCGGGGCGGCAAGAGAGAGUAAGAAUGAAGAAUAUGGAAUGGACGGCUUACGAAGCUGUCCAUAAGAAAUAUUUGAACAUUGAUAUAAAAUCGAAAUUAAAAAACCAUUACAGAGCACACAGAUUAUCUUUUUGGUUAAAUCUGGUGCCGGAUUUACAUCGUCCAGGGGGAGAAGAUGUCCCUCUCUCGCAUCAUCAGCUCGAGCACGAGGAUACCUCCUUACAGCCUACCAUAAAAACAUUCACACCACCGUUCAAGAAGAUCACUGAUUUAAUUCUAUCAGAGACGGGAGUCGCUACAAAAAUACCUGUGCUCGCUGUACUGAAUGUUACCUCACCAUUAAAUUUUAACAUCGCUGGAAACCCAACACAAAGUCCUGAUCUACACAAAUCGGAUGCAACUUCUCCUCCCGAAGAUGGAUUUGCAGCAUACUCCACAGCUCUGAGCGUUACAAUCGCGAUCGGCUGUUCCUUACUCAUAUUGAACGUAUUAAUAUUCGCCGGCGUGUACUAUCAGAGAGAUAAAACGCGUAUGAACGGCCAAGACAACGGAACCCAUUUAAAGAAACGGGUCGAAAACGGUCAGAUGCCGAACAACAUUUGCGGCGACCUUGAAGGGUCAUUAACCUAUCAGACCAGUCUAAAAAACGAUCCAACGAUCCUCAGUCGGCACACGCACUCGCAUCAACUACCACCGCCCGAGUUCGCCGACUUACCGAAUAGUAUGACAUUGCCUCGAGCUCCUCCUCCUCCUAAAGCAAAGGCGAGCCAACAGGAGAAUCAACCUUUACUCUCACAUCAUAUACAGAUGAUAAACACGAGCACGCUCACUAAGAAGAACACUCAGUUGAACGCUAAGUCGAGUGUGACGAUGGAGGAGCUGCGCGUGUGACGUCAGCGCGCGUGACUGCAGCGCGCCGGCAGCUGCGGCGACCUGCAGCACGACGACAUCGUCUGACUCCAGCCGGACCUUCUGCGGAACAUUGUGGACUAUAUAUAGCUGAUGUUCUCGGAUAGAAGGUUAAUGACUGUGUGUGAAAUAUUACAGAACCUUGUGGACUCAUUUUUAAAUAAAGUUCUCGGAUACAAGGCUUAAAAGUGUGUGAAACAUUAAAAGUGUAUUAGGGUAGUGGAAUCAAACUAGGUUGAAAUGGUGUAACUUCAGCCGGCUGAGGUCUGGACUUUCUAAAGAACAUUACGUACUAUAUAUGAGUGAUGUUCUCGGAUAGAAGGAAAACAGUGUGUGAAACAUUAAAAAAAAUUAAUAGUGAAAAAACUGUGUUGUGUUGUAAUGUUUCCCACAUAAAGUUUAUUAGUACAAUGAAAUCAAACAAUAUGGUCUAAAUCGUGUAAUUUCAGACGGACCUUAUACACAUUUAAUUAGUGUAACUGUGUUGUGUGAAACAUUUUUUUUUUGUUAAAUACGAACAAUAUGAUCGAGAUAGUGUAACUUCAGACGGAUUACUACAGAACCUUACAUUAUAUAUUUUACUCAGAUAGGCGAAAAACUGUGAAUCGUUUAAGAAAUUUAGUAAAAUAACUAUGAAUCAUUACAUUUUUAUUACUUUAGUGAAAUGAAUCAAAAGAUUAAUGUAACAUACUUUAAAUGAAGUUUAUAGUGAAGUGUGUGAAAACUGUAUAAUCAUAUCUAAACAAUUGGAUUACAGACGUCUAUAUACGUUAUUGUGUAAAUGUAUGUAAAUAAAAUUUAAAGUAAAUGAUUGAAUUAAAUGAAUGUACAUAGUUGUGUCAACAGUUCCAUAUCCCUCCUACACCGUUGUAAUUUGUAACCUCGACUUAGAAUUAAGCAUUUAACAUGUAAUUGUUAUUCUCUCUAUUUUCUAUUAUUUUUUAUAAUAUAAGAUGGCAAACGAGCAAGCGGACUGAAUCCACCGAAAUUGAG